AUGGAGUGGUCGGCAACAUCUGCUAAGGGAGCUUACCUUGACACCCUCAAGCUGUGUAGGGAUCACAGACUACGGCCAUCCUACCCCGGGACAGCGGUUACCCGGGAGCUUGGGAGCACCGAAUUCAUUUCAGCCUUAGCAGCAGGAAUGAGGGCGAAACUCAUGGUGGAGGUGGCCUCCGGUGUGUCCCCGUCCACGAUUGCUUUAGCAGCUGCUGCCCGGCACACUGGGGGCAAGCUCGUGUGCAUUGUCCCGGAGCCGGUGCUCGCCGAAUCGAAGAGAGUGAUCAAAGACACGGGUCUUAAAGACAUGGUCGAAUUCAAAACCGGGAACCCCUUUGAGCUACUCCCCAAGUACAAGAACAUUGACUUCUCUCUUGUCGAUUGCAACUCGGAUGACAAUGCUGACUUGCUCAAGGUGCUGGACGUCAAUCCUAGCAUGUCGGUGGUGGUGGCAAACAACUUGGUGGGCGAAAGAAAAGGAUUGGAGGGAAGCGUAAAGGGAGUGCCGAGCAAAGUUGCUGUGAGGUCGACGAAACAUCCCAUAGGGGAAGGCAUGGAAGUAACUGUGAUCAUGAAGAACGAUGAGCCGGAGAAGACAGACAGAAGAGGCGGAAGAAAUCAUCGUGAAGUGGAAGAGGGUGGGCCGGCGAGGACUAAUAAAAGCAGAUGGAUAUGUAAGGUCGACGUGGAGAGCGGCGAGGAACAUAUUUUUAGGGUGCCAAGAAGCUGGAAGAGUAACAAUCCGCGCCAAAGAAUUCAUAACUGA